UGGCUUUUUGCCCACAUCAGCUGAGGUGUGGACUGCAGCUGAAGUCGCUGUCAUUCGUGGACUGAAACUUUGCAACGUUCCGGAGGGCUAUAUAGCUCCAAAAAAAGAACAAUGUUCAAAAAAUAAUAAUCCUCAGCAAGUGGUGUCCGCGCUGCAUGCACGCAGCAGUCCGCUGCACCGCCUCUGUGUUGCUGUCGCUCUGCAACUCCCGCAAGGUUCUCUGUACAUGCAUGUGUCACAAUGAAGCACCAGUCUAUCUCUCGAUGGCUGAGCCAGCUGGGACUGCCACAAUACUGCCCCGCGCUGGAGCAGGAAUAUGAUGGCGUAGAGGACCUGCUCCACCUCUCAGAGUAUGACCUCUUGGAGCUCGGAGUCCACAAUCACCUCCACCGCCUGCACCUUCUCACCUCUCUGCGCCUCAUCCAGGAGCGAGAGAGGAGGAGAGAGUUGAGGAUGAUGGCAGAGGGGCGUUUUGCCAGUCUGCCCAGGUCCCUCCAUGCACACCACACCCUGGGAGGAGGCUCUGCACACCCUGGAGUCCCUCCCAACUCCCUGGGUGUCCCCAGCAGCAACACCUGCUCUUCCAGGGGUCUCCAGGCUUCCCUUGCCUCCUCCAUGGACCUCCUCAGCUCCAGACCUGGUCUUCCUCCAGGGCAGGGCAGCGGCCUAUCAGAGCUGUGCAGUUCUUCCUACCAGCCAGUCUCCAUUCACGGAACUCUGCCUCGACGCAAAAGAGGUGGGACCAGCCUCACCCAUGGAAACUACACGUGGGACCCCAGAGCCAAUCAAACGCAACAGAUACCUUGGGGGAAAUCACUGGUCCCUGGACACGCCCAUCAACCCAUGACCUCUCCGCUGGUCCAAAAUAUCAUAGACGACUGUUAUGGUUACAGGGAUCCCGCUGCCGGCCCGGACGCCACGGUGGACUACGUGAAGUUCUCCAGAGAUCAGUUCAUCGUGGACUGCCCCUCAGAGAAGCUUCGCAGAGAGCUGGAGGAAGAACUAAAGCUGAACUGUGAGGAGCCGAGAAGCCACGCAUGGUACCACGGAGCGAUUCCAAGACAGGUUGCAGAAAACUUGGUGCAGCGUGACGGAGAUUUCCUGAUCCGUGAUUCGCUGUCCAGUCCAGGAAGUUACGUUCUGACCUGCCAGUGGCGAAAUGCUGCCCAGCACUUUAAAAUCAACAAGAAGGUUGUGAUGCUGAACGAAGCCUACUCCAGAGUCGAGUACCGGCUGGAGAGGGAAGGGUUCGACAACGUCCCGGCACUCAUAAGAUACUAUGUCGGCAACAGAAAGUCGGUCUCCCAGGUGGUAGGAGCCAUCAUCUUCCAGCCAAUCAACAGAGGGCUGCCGCUACGCUGCCUGGAGGAGAAGUACGGCCUGUCCAGCCAUCACCACGAGGCGCUCACAAUGCAGGAGAGGUGCAGUCGGAAGCGCCUCAGUCUCAACAUUACCAACGGACACGCGCAGGACAACGCACACGGCGCGCCACACGGCACACACUGCCGGGACACCGGCGUGAGCCGAGGCAGCCAGCUCCGGUUGAAGGAUCGCUGUGGCAGCCAACCAGCGAGUCUCAAUCAGGUCCAAGAGAGGCGGCGUCCGCUCAAGGCGCACCAAUCAGAAAGCUACCUGCCUCUUGGAUGCAAAGCGCAGCCCCAGCGGUCUCCUGAUUCUCUCCUCCCGGGCCCAUUCCCCAAGUCUCCGGUCUUUCGGACGGGCAGUGAGCCGGUGCUGAGCCCGUCUCUCCCACGGAGGUCUGCAGAGCUUCUGGCAGGCCAGCCCAUCCGGGGCUCUGACAGCCAGCUGUGUCCCAAACCGCCUCCCAAACCCAGCAAGGUGCGGCUGGCUCGACUGACUCGCUCCCCCUGCCUUCAGCCACUGGUUCCCCCCUCCAGCUCCUCCAGCCUCACAGACUCCUCCUCCACAUCCCCCCGUUUGAAUGUGCCUCCCCUCGACUUCACAUGUGUGGAAACUCCUGGUUCGCCAUGGAGGAGUGAAGCCACCCCAGGCCCUCCUGUACCUCCUGUUAAACCCCUGAAGUUCCUCCAUCAGCUCCGCCCUGCUGAACUUGUUCCGGGUUCAGAUUCAGAAGCAAACACCGGGUGGAGCCCUGCAGACCUGAGGUCUUGCAGCCCGCUGGCGAGGCAGGAAUCCAAUCCCCUUCACCUCAUCACAGACCUCGAAAUUCUGCCUCCACUCUGCAGCUACGUUGAGAGACUGAGGAGAGAGGGGGAGGGAGGGAGAGAGGAGGGGGAGGAGGCGGGAGGGAGGAAAGGACUGGACAGAAGCUCCUACCAUCACGCCAUCGCUGCCUUGGAAAACACCAGCGAGGAAGAGGAGGAGGACGCAUGGAGAGAGGAGCAGGAGGAGGAGGAGGAGGAUGAAGACAAGAGGAGCAGUUUCCAGCGGCCGAUCGAGGAGACGGAGUCGACGUUCCAGCCGGCGGAGUUCGGAUCUCGACUUCUGCCGCCGGAGAACAAACCGCUGGAGAUGGUGGUUCUGAAGAGAGCGAAGGAGCUGUUGCUCGGCCAUGAUCACCACAGCAUCGCCCGACACCUGCUGAUGGCCGACUGCCAGGUUGCGAGGAUAGUCGGAGUGACGCCAGAGGUUAAAGGUCAGAUGGGCGUGUCAUCUGGUCUGGAGCUGGUGACGCUUCCACACGGUCGACAGCUGAGGCUGGACCUGAUGGAAAGGCAUCACACCAUGGCGAUAGGCGUUGCCGUGGAUAUUCUGGGAUGCACGGGCAGCGUCGACGAGCGGGCGUCUACCUUAAAUCGCAUCAUUCUGGUGUCGUUGGAGCUAAAGGACACGGUGGGCGACCUGUUCGCUUUCACGGCCUUAAUGAAAGCUCUGGACCUGCCACAGAUCAGCCGCUUGGAGGAAACAUGGACGACUCUACGAAGGAACUACACACAGACCGCCAUCAGCUACGAGAAAACUCUCAAACCUUUCUACAAGAAUCUGUAUGAGGGCACAGCUUCCUCACCGUCGGUGGUCUGCAUCCCCCUCCUGCUGCCCCUCCUCACAUUAAUGGAGCGUCCGUCAAUCACACCUGAGGGGGCGGAGCUCUGGGAGACCAACGACCAGGGCUGUGACAUCAUGCUGCGCCACCUGGAGGCUGCGCGCGACGUCGCCCACAACGCACAAAUCUACACGGCCAACACGCAGAAGAUCUUACAAGGGUUCCCGUGCGAUGAAGACCUGCUAGAGGUGUUUAAAACAGACUUUCAGCUGCGGCUGUUGUGGGGAAGUCGUGGAGCUUCAGUCAACCAAUCAGAUCGCUACAACAAAUUCAACCUCAUCCUCACCGCGUUGUCCCGGAAACUGGAGCCCCCGCCCAAAACACAGACCGUAAUCUGAAUUCACCUGAGCGACAGCUCCCAUUGGAUGCCAGUAGGUGGAUGAAGGAAAGAGGAAGAAACUGUAAUGAGGUGGAACGACCUGCUUGGAAAUCAAACUUCACACACACACACACACACGCAACCAUUUAAUAAGACAAGUCAAUGUCCAGUAAAACUCUGCGUUAAAGAAAUACACCUUUAUUUAGAAUGCACAUUACCAACUCACAGCUAUUCAUGUGUGGAAAUACUCUCACAUACAAGCAUAAUCUAAAACAUACAAAAUGUUUAUGAAACAAGGUUCAGAUCAUUAUUACUGAUAUUUGUGAGAACAGAGCAGACGAGAGGCUUAAAGGGACACGUUGGUUUAAUUUAAAUGUUGGUUUUUCCUUCCUUUUUCCUUUUAUUUUUACUCUGACAUUCCAGUUAACGAAGAAUGUAGUUCUACUUUUAGACCAAAAGAGAACAACUAUCAAAUGUAAGAAUGUACCCUUCAAGUUGUUAAUGAACUAUGUAUUUAUUCCUGGUAAUUCAGUAUUAUAAUACAAACCCAGAACAAUAGUCUUAUAAACGGAGGAAGGAAAUUCACCUUCUACGUCAACAUCUGUGCAUAUUGUCUGGAUAGAAAGGGUAUAUUUAAAAGUUCAAAUGAGAUUACUGGCUGCAUUAUUCUUUCCGACCUUUUAUACAAAAUCACUGAAAGAAAUUCUAAAAAUAAAUAGUUAAUAUAUAUAUAUAUAUAUAUA